UUAGGAUCAGAGCCUGCUUCCAGACUGGGCUGGGCUGUAGUCUCCUCACAGGACCCACUCUUGAGAGCACCUCCCCUUCUCCCGGGCUGCCUGAAGUGUCACAUUUUGCUCAUUCCCAAGCCUUCUCCCCACCCCCUUCCCAGACAACUUGCCAGUGAGCAGGGGGUGCCAUAACCCACCUCCUUCGGUGUCUGCUGUUAAGCAACUUUCAACUCCUCUCAUUGCAAAGGUAUGAAGUUCCUCGGCAAGCCCAGGAGCCACACAGCUGCUUUUCUGCCUCUUUGCUGGCUCCUUUUGAAGACUCUGCAGUCGGGGCACUGCCACCCUUAUGGUAACCGCUAUGCCGGUGAUAAGGUGAUAAGACUCACACCCAGAACUGAAGAGGAAGUGUUUGCAUUCAAGAACAUCUACCGCCGACUCCAGGUGGACCUGUGGCAGCCCAGCAGUAUCUCCUAUGUGUCUGAGGGGACAGUCACUGAUGUUCAUAUUCCCCAAAAUGCGUCCAGAACCCUGUUAACCUUCCUCCAGGGAGCCCGCAUCCAGUACACGGUCCUCAUAGAAGAUCUUCAGAAAGCUGUGGAAAAUGAAAACAAUUUGCAAACUCAGAGAAACAGAAGGUCUCUGUCUGAAUACAACUAUGAGGUGUAUCACUCCUUAGAAGACAUUCAGAGUUGGAUGUACCAUCUGAACCAAACUCAACCAAGCCUCGUUCAGGUUUUCUCCAUCGGGAGAUCGUAUGAAGGAAGACCACUCUUUAUCUUACAGCUGGGCAGAAAAUCACGAGCCUACAAAAAAGCUGUCUGGAUAGACUGUGGCAUUCAUGCAAGAGAAUGGAUUGGCCCUGCCUUUUGUCAGUGGUUUGCAAGAGAAGCCCUUCUGACCUAUAAGACUGACCCAGCCAUGAGAAAAAUGUUGAAUCAUCUCUACUUCUAUAUCAUGCCUGUGUUUAAUGUCGAUGGAUACCAUUUCAGCUGGACACAUGAUCGAUUCUGGAGAAAGACAAGGUCAAGAAACUCUAGGUUUCACUGCCGUGGAGUUGAUGCCAACCGAAACUGGAAAGUGAAAUGGUGUGAGUCUGAGCCAGAGGUGAAGGCUGUGGCUGACUUCCUCCGACAACACAGGAAACACGUCAGGGCAUACCUCUCCUUCCACGCCUAUGCACAGAUGCUGCUGUAUCCCUACUCUUACAAACACGCAACCAUCCCCAAUUUUGGCUGUGUGGAAAUCGCAGCUCACAAAGCUGUGAAGGCCCUUCGGUCCGCACACGGGAUACGGUACAGACAUGGCCCUGCCUCCCAAACGUUGUACAUAAGCUCCGGUAACUCGAUGGAUUGGGCCUAUAAAAAUGGAAUACCCUAUGCUUUUGCUUUUGAACUGCGAGACACUGGGCAAUUUGGAUUUUUACUGCCAGAAAUGCUCAUUAAACCCACCUGCACAGAGACCAUGCUGGCUGUGAAGAAUAUCACACUGCACCUGCUAAAGAAGUGUCCUUGAGAGGAACACGGAUCUGGUCUACCAACCCAGAGAAGGCCGAUUCUAAAAGGCUGCUUGGCAAAAGUAACUGCUUAGACUGGACGUAUCCAGUCCUUAAAGGGUCUUUUCAUGCAAUUUGACACUUUACAACAAUAUAAAAUUGGAGCACAGCCUGCUGUGGAAUGAGAAGAAAAUUCACUUUAUAUCUCUUUAGAGUCUUACUUGAUUACAGGGGAAGGGGGUGUUUUCAAAUUACUUUGUCUCAAGGAGUGUACAAAUCAAUUGAGGAUUUCCCUCCAAUCAUCCUCUAUGCCCUCAAUUAAGAUCUGGGUUACCUGACAUUUAAUUACUUGGUUCUUAUUUGAAAUGGAAAGAACCAUAUUUAUUCUUAAUAAAGAUGUAAUUUUUCAAAGAC